GAACUCACAGCGAUUUAUAAACGAAGACCACUUCUUUUCAGUCUGUCUUUUCGAGCUCAUCGGCUCGUCCGCAUUUAAUUAAUUCAAUUUAAGUGUUUUUUGCGGUGAUAGUCAACUCUAUUAGAGUCCCCAUACUAUCCACUGUUGCUACCCUUGUGCUAAAUUAUUUUUCCAUCAACGGUUUUUAACUGAAAAUCCCUGCAAAGAUGUCGAAAAUUCGUGCUGGUCCCGUUGUUGAUAUCCUGGGUGAUGAGAUGACCCGAAUUAUUUGGGAUCUCAUCAAGGAUAAGCUCAUCCUGCCCUUCCUGGACAUUGAGCUCCAUGUGUACGACUUGGGCAUUGAGAAUCGCGAUGCAACAGAUGAUCGUGUGACGGUGGAAUGUGCCGAAGCUGUUAAGAAGUACAAUGUUGGUAUCAAGUGUGCUACAAUAACGCCCGACGAGAAGCGUGUGGAGGAGUUCAAGCUGAAGCAAAUGUGGAAGUCCCCCAAUGGAACUAUCAGGAACAUUCUCGGUGGCACCGUAUUCCGUGAGGCCAUCAUCUGUCGCAACAUUCCACGUUUGGUUACGGGCUGGGAGAAGCCCAUCAUCAUUGGGCGUCAUGCGCACGCUGAUCAGUACAAGGCAACGGACUUUGUGGUACCCGGAGCAGGGAAGCUGGAGAUGAAGUUCACACCGGAAUCAGGGCAAACUAUCUCAUAUGUUGUGCACGAGUACAAGGGCCCAGGAGUUGCUCUGGCCAUGUACAACACCGACGCAUCAAUCGUUGAUUUUGCUCAUUCAUCCUUCAAGUAUGCUCUUGGUAGGAAGUAUCCGCUGUACUUGAGCACGAAGAAUACCAUCCUCAAGAAAUACGAUGGACGCUUCAAGGAUAUCUUUGAGGAUAUCUACAACCGCGAGUACAAGAAGGACUUUGAGGCUGCGGGCAUUUGGUAUGAGCAUCGUUUGAUUGAUGAUAUGGUUGCCUAUGCAAUGAAGAGCGAAGGUGGCUUCGUGUGGGCGUGCAAGAACUACGAUGGUGACGUGCAAUCGGACUCUGUGGCUCAGGGCUAUGGAUCUCUCGGUCUCAUGACCUCUGUCCUCGUGUGUCCCGACGGGAAGACCGUUGAAUCCGAAGCUGCCCAUGGUACCGUGACACGGCACUACCGCAUGCACCAACAGGGCAAGGAGACAUCCACAAAUCCAAUUGCAUCAAUCUUCGCAUGGACCCGUGGACUUCUGCAUCGUGCCAAGUUGGACGGGAAUGCCGAGCUGAAGAACUUUGCAGAGACCCUGGAGAAGGUUUGCAUUGACACCAUCGAAGCGGGUUUCAUGACAAAAGACCUGGCUAUCUGCAUUAAGGGCAUGAAUGGCGUCAAGCGUGAGGAUUACCUCGAAACAUUCGCAUUCAUGGACAAACUGGCUGAAAAUCUCAGGAAGGCCCUUGGCAAGUGACUAGGCAAGAGUAAUCUCUGAGACGGCUCAAAAAAUUUUCUACACGCAUUUUUGCGGCAUUUUUCAGGUGAAAGUUUAUCCCCAACAUUUUCCCAAACUUUUUUUUACAAAAUAAAAAAUAGAAAAGUUAUUUAAUGAAAAAAAAA